UCAGCAUCAUUCCUGCGUACAUUGGCUUUACACUUGCCAUGGGAAGGGUCGAUGCACCAUCCAACGUAUGAAACGGCCGGUGAUCAAGCCUCCAAGGUAGCAAUUCCUAGGCUGGAGCGCCGGCAUCUCGAUCGAUCCGCAGAGAGAAAGGGAGAUGGACGGCAAGAGAAGAGGGUGAGGAAGGCGUGCACCAACUGCCGCAAAAGAAAAGUUAAAUGCUCCGGCGAGCAACCAAGCUGCUUGAAUUGCGAAGCAGCCGAAAUUGAGUGUUACUACGAACCAGCUCGACGGGACAAGCUCCGCUCCGCAACUCACCAAAAUCAAUCGCUCAUCGCUCUCCUAAACGAUCUCCGACUCCGUGUCAACGAUGCCGACAAGCAGACAAUCGAUGAUGCGUUAAAGCACGUGGACGAUGGAUCUGCCUCUCACACUAAUGCGCACACAUCGACAUCUAGCAAACGGCGCAAGCCGUCUUCGGCAUCUGCUGAUGACCCCUACAUCUUAUCCGGUGAGGACCGCGCACCUGCCAGUAUAGGUUCAAACGAAGAUCUGGAUCUGCUAGAUGAAGACCUUUUGAGGAGCAAAGAAGCAAGAGAGACGGGAUAUGCAGGCAAGAAUUCGACAGUCGCAUGGCUGAGAAGUCUUCAAAAAGAAGUCAAGAACGCAGAUGGGCAGCCAUAUGGAUUGCCGUAUGGACCAGCGGGCGCGGACUACAACUCUACCGUUCGAAGAUCCGAAGCGUUGCAUGAGAGAAGGCGCCAAAGCCACCAGCAAACUGUACGGCCUGAGACUACGGAAACUAGCUUUUACCUCGAUACCGAUGGUUUAGAGUUGAAUGCCACUGUUAAUCCUUACCAGCUUCCUCCUUACGAUGUCGCAGAAAAACUCUUCGAUUUCUACAUGCGCACAGUCUACAAAUCUUUCCCAAUCACGCCCAGCACCUUCCCAAGCCAAUUCAAGAAAUUCUUCGAAGCUAUUCGCUCCGAACGCGCAUUCCAGGUGCCGGACAAAUGGCUUGCACUGCUCAACCUUUGCUUCGCUGUCGGAUCACAAUACUCGACCCUGACAGGUCAAGAGCGCCACACCGAUACCAAGGAACAUCGUAUAUACAUGACAAGGGCGGUGCGUCUACUGGGGCUGAAAGACAACCUUCUGUUUGCCGCGGCUCCAGACCUUCCCACUAUUCAGGCAACAGGUUUACUGUCCUUCUACUACAUGUCCAUUGGCCAUGUCAGUCGUGCCUGGGUCAUGAUUGGAAUAGCUAUACGCUUUGCUCUUGCUCUGGGUCUGCAUCUUCGCAAUGAGGAUCCUAAUACGCCGGCCAGCAAGAAAGACACCUUAGUACGAACAUGGUGGAGCCUACACGCUAUUGAAUGUCUUGUUAGUUCCGUGACAGGGCGGCCCUGCGUACUUGCUCCUGAAGAUUGCACAGCAGCAUUUCCUUACAGUUUUCGGGAGAGUGGUUCCGCUGUGCACCAGCAGGACGCUACUCAUGAGUACAGCAAAACAUCCAAAAGCACUGGAGCUAGUUCGUCAGCGUUUACGGGAAGUGAUACUCCGGACUCUGUGCGAAAGACUGGCGUUCCUGGCUCUGCUCUCGAAGCUCAUAUCGCUAUCGGACUGAUCACCCAGAAGGUUCUCUCCAGUAUUUACGCACCUCGGGUGGCUACUCGAUCAUGGUCAUACAUUCAAUCUUUGAUACCGUCACUGCUCGCAGAGCUGGAGGAGUGGCGAGGCGCUGUCCUACCUUAUCGAUAUGGCAAAUUCGUGAACCCGUUCCCACCACCGGAUGGUGAUAGGGAAUCUUUCCUGUUGAGAUUCUAUUAUUACAGUAAUCUGAUCUUGAUUACGCGCCCAUGUCUCUGCAGAAUAGAGCGGCGCAUCACAGGCCAGAGUGACUUUUCAUUCGAUUUCAAUGAAACAACAGCCAAGAGGUGCGUCCAAGCAGCUCAAGACAUGGCAGAUCUGCUCCCCGAAGAUCUGAAUUUGAAAUACCUAUUGGAAAAUGGACCAUGGUGGAUAAUGGUACAUCAUAUCAUGCAAUCUAUGACUGUCCUGCUUCUGGAACUGUCAUACCAGAGCACCCAUAUCUCAGGCGAUGACAGUUCCUUAACUCCUAGAAUAAGGAAGCUGGUCCGCUGGCUACGUGUCAUGCGUGCUACGGAUCCUUCCUCUGAGCGCGCAUACAAUGUGGUAGUGAACAUCAUCCGCCACAGCGGAAAUCAAUUUCACACAAAAGCCGAACAUCUACUCGACGAGGACGAUACCGGAAUCUACAUGACAUCGGGCAAUCAACAGGCUGCACAUGGGUCUGCAGAAGGGUUCACCACAAGCGCCAAUGUUGCAGGCAACAGGGCGAGGGAUGACAGGGAUAUUAUCGAGGGUCUGGCAGAAGCAGCAUCUCAUCAUCCCGCGGAGAUAUCCACCGCGACCGACCCGGCCACUGCCCGCCCUACGAAGCUUUCUUUGCACACGAACACGACUGGUCUCGAAUACAACACCCUCAAUAGCAUGCCGCAGUCCGCAUUCACACCAACAACUGCGUCGUUUGACCAACAAUCCAGUUCUCAAGGCGCCCCUCUUGGAGCGGAGGGGCACUACCCUUUCUAUGACCCGUACAACAACCUUUACGCCAACCCCAAUCCAUUCAUGACAACUAGCUUCGAUCAAAACAGCUGGGGAAUGUUCGUGGGCAGUCCUGUGGAUGAUGGGUAUGGAGGGGCAGAGCAAGCGGAACUUAGCCCAACUGACGAACUGGCCACCCCGCUAGGUGUUGCUGGUAGCUCGACGACUAGUUACUGGCAAGGCGGGGAUUAUGGUGAUGAACAGCAUUCGGACCGGUUCGCGAGUGGGGGAUCCUAG